AUGACGGACGCUUUCCUCACACUAUUCCGGCGCGCCGCCCUGCCGGAAGGCGAGCCCGCCUCCUCCUCUUCCCCCUCGCCCACCAUCAGCGAGCAACUCGCCUCGCUCGAGGCAGGCGACUUCGAAUCCAUCCUGUCGCAAGGCGGCGGCGCCGCCGCCGCCGUCCGCACCCUCCUCGGCCACAGCCACGACGACGACGUCCUCCUCCCGGCAGACGCACCAGCACUCUCCGACCACCCCCUCUGGACCGACUGGCUCCACCGCCGCCUGGCCGCCCUCCUGCUCGCCGCCCCCCAGCAGGAAGACGAAGACGAGGAAGGAAAGAAAAAGAAGAAGAAGAGGCGCGCCGUCGCCGUCGAGCUCGUCGUCGCCGCCGCCGCUGCCCUCGCCGCCUUCGUCCAGUCCAACGUCACCGGCCCGCCGCUGCCGUUCGCGUCCGCGCGCGCCGUCCUUCCACAAGGCGCGGCGGAUGACGACGGCGACGCGAAGGCGUUGGCGGAGACGCGGCGCCGGCUCGUGCAGAGCCUCGGCGCGGAUGGCGCGGCGGCGUAUGCGCGCACGCCGAAUGUGGAGCUGUUAUGUUUGGCGGAGGCGGUGGUCGUGGGGGGGUUUGAGGAGGUGGUGGAUGCGUUGGCUGGUGGUGGUGGUGGUGGUGGAGAGGCGGGGACGAUGAUGGCGACGGUGGUGAGGUGGGUGAAGGUGAGGGUGCUGGUGAUGCGGCAGCGGCUGUUGGGUGGGGACGUGGCGCCGAGUUUGCAGGCGGCGAUUUAUGGGGAGUUGGAGGCGUUGGGGAGGGAGUUGCUGAAGGAGGGGGAGGGGGAGGGGGAGGAUGAGGUGGCGAGGGAGGUGGGGAUGCAGUUUUUGCUGGAGAGGGCGUCUAUACAUACCCUGCAUGGGUUUGACAAGAAGGCGCGGGAGGAUCUGGAUAGGGCGGCUAGGGAGAGGGGGUUUGAGUUCGCUUUGACGGGGUUGCUGGGGAAGCGGACGAAGUUUCAGGAGAAGGAGACUAGUCAGCUUGUUGUGCUGGCGAGGAGCAAGGGGACGGAGACGGUUGACGAGGCCGGCAAGGGGAAGGGCAAGGCCGUCGCGGAGGAGCAGAAGGAUGAUGGUGAUGAUGUGGAGGCGAAACCGAAGACCCUGGAUCUCAACGACGAUACGCUUUUGGAGUCGAUAUCUUUCACGGAGAAGGCCAAGUCGUCAACCGAUGUGCAGGAUGAGAGCUCGUUACCGCCGAGCCUGGCCGCGCUGGAUCCUGGGAAUCAGCCCAAGCUGGACCCGCUCGACUCCAUCAUUUUGCUUUCCCUAGCCUCGUCAAUCACGAACACAUCGCCACAGGACGGCUUGACGAGAGAGGAGACCAUUCCGUACGCCACGCGCGCGCUUGAGGGCGGUAGCUCCAACUGGCAGGUCUACACUCAGGCCCUUUUGGUCCGCAGCAGGAUCGAGGGCUACAGAGCGAGAACUGCCGAGCGUGGCCUGCUCCAGCUUCAGGCACUGGUAGACCAGAUCAUUGCGGACACUGCUGGGGACGGGGCCACGGCAACGGCUUCAGGAGGCGGUUCUGCGGCUACGUUCCUGCCGCGGCCGCAGGAAGAGGACUCUGCGCCUGUCUCUGAGCGCUUGCGUUACAUUUUCCAGCUAUGCACGCCGACGAGAUGGGAGCUCGAAUCCGAGCUGGCGCAAGCGUGGACCAAGAUGGGUGGUUUCCGCUCUGCGUUGGAGAUCUACGAACGACUAGGCAUGUGGGCUGAGGUUGCGCUCUGCUGGGCUGCCACCGAAAGAGAUGACAAAGCCAAACUGAUCAUACGGAGAGAGAUCUUCCAUGCAACAGACGGCAAUGACGAUGCGGCGGGCGAGGAUGAAAAGUGGGAGGGCGCACCGAGGGACCCGGCGCCGGGUGAUGCGCCCAGGCUGUACUGCAUUCUGGGCGACAUCACCAAGGACCUCGACAUGUACGAGAAGGCUUGGGAAGUCUCGGGCAACCGGUACGCCCGCGCUCAACGAUCUCUCGGUCGCCACUACUUCGCCGAGAAAGAAUACGUCAAGGCUGCGAACGCCUACUCGGCAUCUCUGCGUGUCAAUCAGCUCAACGGAAAGAGCUGGUUCGCCCUCGGCUGCGCGCUUCUGGAGCUGACCGAGUUCGAACGCGCCGUCGAGGCCUUCACGCGCGUCGUCCAGCUCGACGACACGGACGCGGAAGCGUGGAGCAACCUGGCAGCCGCCCUGCUCUACCUCGAGCCCAAGACCGGCGACGACGACAACGAAGCCGCCGGCAAACCCAAGCUCGACGACGAGGAAGAAGACGACCCCAACCAGAUCGACAUCACCAAGACCCGCCAGCGCGACCCGCAACAGCACCGCCGCGACGCCCUCAAGGCGCUCAAGCGCGCCGCGCACCUCCAAUUCGACAACUUCCGCAUGUGGGACAACCUCCUCACCGUCGCCGCCUCGCUGACCCCGCCAUCCCUCUCCGACAUCAUCACGGCCCAACGCCGCAUCAUCGACCUCCGCGGCGCCACCGACGGCGAGCGCUGCGUCGACGCCGCCAUCCUCGACGCCCUCGUCCGCGACGUCAUCGCCCUCUCGCCGCCGGGCACCGGCUACGACGCAUCCAGGCCGGGCCCGACGCGCAUGCUCGUCCGCCUCGUCGACGAGGCCGUCGUGCCCCUCAUCACGGGCUCGCGCCGGCUGUGGGCCGUCGUCGCGCGCCUCGCGCUGUGGCGCGGCCGCCCCGCCGCCGCGCUCGACGCCCACGAAAAGGCGUGGCGCGCCGCGACGGCGAGCAGGCCCGGCUGGGAGUCGACCGGCGACGAGGCCGGCUGGAACGACGUCGUCGACGCCACGGUCGAGCUCGCCGCCGCGUACGAGAGUCUCGGUCCGAUGGAGCGCACCGAGGGCUUGGCGGCGGGGAGCGGGGAGGUCGUCGCGAAGGAUUGGAAGUUCAAGGCGAGGAGCGCGAUCAAGGGGAUCUGUGGGCGCGCGAAGGAGACGUGGGAGGGGACCGAGGGGUGGGAGAGGUUGAGGGAGGCGUUGGAGGGGUUGAAGGGGGGUGCGUAG